AUGGCAUUCCGUUUCCCCUUUCCGACCAACGACCCGCGCAUGCACCGCGAGGAGGAGCUGACUCUGGCGAGAGUUGCUUCCCAGCGUGGGGGCAACCGGCCGUCUCCUCUGGACACCCCCUUACCGCCCGAGCCGCAAAAGGAGGCCUCCACAGAGCCCGCGGUGCCGUCUCCAUUGUCGGCCAUGAAGAGGAAAUGGGUCUUUGCCGACCCAGUGGCCUUCAGAUAUCUAGAAAGCGAUCCGUCAGUCACUGUCCUCGAGCGGAGGGGGGUAUUGCAAGGGUACGAGCUAUACUUGGUCGAACAAUGGGCGUGUUCACGAAAGUCGCCGACGCUAGUUAUCGUUACAUAUACGGGUGACCCGAAGCACUCGGUCGUCGUCGGGGUGCUGGCCGUCCCGGCAGAUGAGAGCAUCUGGUCUGACCGCCUGCGAUUCUACUUCAAGGCCAUCCAUCAGUACCAUGCACGGCCGAAGGAGACGCCGUUGGGAGAUGUGAUGGUCACGAACCUCAGUAGCUUUCCGUCAGCUCUGACAGUCAUACCCGUCCCUGAGGGCGAUAUCCGCACCCAUCGCCAGGCCUUUAUUGUCAAUGAGAACCUCAAGCGGUUAGGAUGCUCUGGGAGGUCUGGCAUGAAUCUUUCGGACCCUACUCCUGCGACUCAGGCCAAAUUUUAUCAGCUGUUCAAGACAAGCGAAAAGGUUCCCUUUUCACAGUCCGCGGUGGAACUAGUCAAACUAUGCCAAGUAUCCCUAUUCAUGUUUGGAAAGCUAGACAUGGAGUACAUCGAUGGCCUGUUAUGCGACAAGACGGAAGAGUCUAUCGGGAACUGGUGGACAGAGAUUGGGGCCGAAUGCUACAAUGUCGAGCCUACAGAUGGCAUCCUGGGGCCGACGACUGUGGCAGCGUUGCUGGGAUUGCUGAUGGGUGCCCGGAACCGGCUGCAUUACUACGGUGCACCUGUUUCAAAAGAUGUUUUCGACAUCGAGAGCACGAAAAGGGGAGUCGGCUACUUCCAGAAAGCAUACAAGCUUGAGCGGACAAGGCGACUGGAUCGCCAGACGAUUCUCAAACUCCACGCCGUUACAGCGAAAGCAGCUGCCGGCGAAGGAUGGGGCGUGCAAAAGGCUGUCAAGUCCACCGUCGCCGAAAUUGGCGGUAAAAGGGGCGAGCUUGUCAUCGGCAUGGUCGCCGGAAAGGACAAAGCCGGUAUAGCUGACAUCGAGACCAUCGACAUUGAUAGGUUCAUUGCCCUGGCGUACGGUGAGCGCGCAAAGUGGCUCUGGUACGGGAAGCCCAGAAGGACCGCGCCAGAGCUCCACGAGAAGCCAAAGGACGUGGCGCAGCCAUUGUUCGGGAAAGAUGAGGUUCCUCCGCCGUCAGGCAAACGAACACAAUCGUUACCGCUGGAAGAGGAACUUCAGCGACAGAAGGAGGAGUCACCUGGUGUUUAUUCGACCCCGGCGCCUGCUUCAGCCGUGAGUGUGGUCGAUAACCCGGCAGAGAAGGAUGCACUUAGGAAAACAGUCUUCAAAUCCGUCGCCGGCAGAGUCAGUGACGCCAAAUCUGGCCUCGGCCGCAUCAAAGACGUCGUAGGUACCGGCCUCAGAGGCCAUGCGAGCCGUCCUAGUAGAGACGACUUUGGCGAGAAUGGAUACAGUAACAGCGCGCCCGGCAUCUCAAACUUGGUACAGUCUUCUGCGACUCUAUCACCGGUCAUGGUUGGUAGGGCCUUCACGUGGAAGAACAAGCCGGAGGAAUACCUCACUGCCUUUAAGAAGGAGGCAGAGGCCGCGCAGGAGCUGCGAGAGUCAUCACAAGAACUCGAAAAUACGCCGGUAGUGUCCAAGCCAACCCGCGAAGCAUUGGAUCCCAGCUCGGCGCAUCUGGAGGGCGGAUUUUCAACGCCUCCCAACGAGUCGGUGAAAGAAGGGCUUGAUCGGGUUCAGACGUCGGUUGCUGGGUCUGUGGUUGACGAAGCUGAUCUGCACGGCCCCUUCGAAGCAGAAAGGACAGGCAACACUGCCUUGAGCUUUCUUCAGCGUCGACACAGCAUCGCCGUCUCAAGGCUUUCGUACAAGCACCCUAUGAACGAGGCUCGCUGGCCCCGGCGGCUGUCCUUUGGAGAUGCAGAAGAGGCGGUCUUGAGAUGGGAGGAAAUCACUGAGCUAUACGAUGACAAGCAUUUUUCCACGGCCGACGCCUUGCAACAGCAGGCUAGUCUGGCCGAGUUUGCCCGCAGUCUGUACGACUCUAUCGCGACCAUCACGCGCGAGGUCAACCCGUGGGUCGAGUCCAAAAUCAAGGCCGUGGACUCUCUGGACGAGCACUACAGCCGUGAGCAGGAAGGCCUGCAGACUCUCUACUACCAGCUCAGCGAGGCGUACCACCGAGUCAAGCAGAGCUCGACGGAGCUCAUCGCCGAGGAGCGGGCGCACAUCACCGAGGCGAUUAAGGAGGUUGAGGUGCUCGUGGCGCGGCUCGAGUACGAGAUCAACGGGCUCGUUAGCAAGGUGGACGACGUCGAAGACGGAGUCCGGCUUUUCGAAAGGCAGGUCGAAGACGUGGAGAAGCGCGCCGAGGAGCUCAAGAGGACGCUCGAGACGGAGAGCUGGGCGCACUGGUUCGUCAGGACACUGACAGGAAUCGGUACGGGGCCCAACAUCACAAGGGGGACGUGA